AUGGGACCAAUGGAAAACGGAUCGGCCUCCAAGCUGGAUCGUUACCAAGCCGACAAAUGUCGGAGCCCCUGCCAGCGUUUGUCUAUUGCAGGCUACAUUAUCACCAGAAACAAUGGAAAGCUGAAAGUCAAGUUCAACUGGUCCUUCUUCCAGAGACAGCACCUGACGAAAUAUAUUGAUGGAGGUAGUACAGUCUAUGUGGCUCAUAUGGACUUCAGUAAUGCCUUUGGCGAGGUUGCUCCAUGGAAUGCUGAUCCACAAGGUUAUUUCAGUCAGUCAGUGACACAAGCCCCAAUAGCGGUGACCAAGAAGGAGUGUCAGUCUCUCACCAUUACCUGUGUUUACUAUGGUCACAACUGGGGUUAUUAUUUCGAACAUGGAUGGUUCCUCAGGCAAACCCAGACAAGGACAGACCGGGAGCGGAUAUCCAGCGGAGGGAGAUUUGUUGUACGGAUGAAUAAGGAAGAAAAGACUUUUUCACUGGAGAUUCGGGAUGUAAGAGUUGAAGAUACCGCCUCCUAUUACUGUAAAGCAAGUUACAACUAUGAUAGACACAUGCCACUGUGUCGGGAAUAUAAUACUGUAAUUGGACCUGGGACUGCGGUGACUAUCACAGCAGAUUCCAUUUCGCUGGUUUCCCAGAGUCCACCUUUACAGACCUACGCUGUUAGCGACGCUGUUGCUUUAAGCUGUGAAUAUUCAGGCUUCUGUCAGUACGCAGUUUACUGGUACAGUCAGUCCCCAAGACAGGCUCCGAAAUAUCUGCUUCAGGGACAUAGUUCAGGAGAAGAGAAGAAAGAAAAUGCUGCCACGGAAAGACUUUCUGCCUCCAUCGAUCCUGCAGCCAAAAUCACCCAGUUAAAGAUCUCUGCAAUACAACUGAAUGAUUCUGGUGUGUAUUACUGUGCACUCAGUCGGCGCUCAGGGCACACAGCGAUAUAG